AUGAACUUCAAGCCCUUCGGAAAUGAGCUGCCGGGGGAGGGGGCCGCCGGUGGUGGAAGGCUUCCGGGGUAUUAUCCAUUGGUGCGACAACCAUCAAUCUAUUCACUGACUUUUGAUGAGCUUCAGAGCACCAUGGGAGGGAUGUCAAAAGAUUUUGGGUCUAUGAACAUGGAUGAAUUGUUGAAGAAUAUAUGGACUGCUGAGGAAACUCAGAAUAUGGGAUCUAGCUUUGGUGGAAUAGAAGGGGUUGGUAUUUCUGGUGGCCAUUUGCAGAGACAAGGGUCUUUAACGCUGCCGAGGACGUUGAGUCUGAAGACUGUUGAUGAUGUUUGGAGGGAUAUAUCGAAAGAGUAUGGUGGUGAGAAGAAUGGCAGUGGUGUUGGGGGAUCUAAUUUGCCGCAGAGACAGCAGACUUUGGGGGAGAUUACACUUGAGGAAUUCUUGUUAAGAGCUGGGGUUGUAAUGGAAGAAGCCCAAUUAGCUGGAAAACCUGAUAAUAAUGGAUUAUUUGGGGAUUGGUCACGAUCCCUGAACAAUCCUCCUGGUUUAGGAAUUGGUUUUCAACAGACGGGUAGGGGUAUUGGGUUGUUGGGUAAUAGAAUGCCUGAGAGCAGUAAUCAAAUUGCUAUUCAAUCUGCUGCUAAUCUACCAUUGAACAUAAAUGGAGUUAGAUCUACACAGCAACCACUGCUGACAUCACAGCCGCAGCAACAGCAACAGCAGCCCAUUUUUCCCAAGCAACCUAUUAUGACUUAUGGUGCUCCCAUGCCUAUACCCAGCAGUUGUCAGUUGGGUAGUCCAGGAAUUAGGGGUGGGACUGUUGGAAUGGUGGAUCCAACGAUAAAUGGUAAUUUGGUUCAAGGUGGUGCACUACAGGCUGGUGGGAUGGGAAUGGUUGGUUUAGGAGAUGGGGGUGUCACGGUUGCAACUGGAUCCCCAACAGUUUCAUCCACCGGGCUUGGAAAGAGUAAUGGACAUACAGCUUCUGUGUUGCCAGUUCCUUACAUGUUUAAUGGAGGUUUACGGGGAAGGAAAAGCAGCGCUGUGGAGAAAGUUGUUGAGAGAAGGCAGAAGAGAAUGAUAAAGAAUAGAGAGUCAGCUGCAAGGUCUCGGGCCCGUAAGCAGGCCUAUACAACGGAAUUAGAAGCAGAAGUUGCAAAACUGAAAGAGAAAAACCAAGAAUUGCAGAAGAAACAGGCAAAAAUUAUGGACAUGCAGAAGAACCAGGCCCUGAGGAUGAUGAACCUGCAGCAGGGAGUUAAAAGACGGUGCUUGAGACGGACACAGACCGGACCAUGGUGAAGGGUCUUGUACAUUGUUGGUUGAAAAUUACUUAAUAUGGUUAUCGAUGGCUGUACAUGUAUAUGUGAGAGAGAGAGAUAUAGAGAGAGAGACAUGUUUUCUGUAGAUCAAAAAAGAUGGAGAAUUUUAUUGUGCCGUAGAUUAGUUAUUCCAGUUUUUCUCUCAACUCUGCUUCACUCGCGAACAAACAUCAUGCUGAUGUAAAUAAAGAAAAGCAAAAAUAUGCCAGGGUUAGAUGUUAUUCAUGCAUGAUUUUCAAUUUUAGCACAAUCCAACAGCAGAAAGACACGAUUUUGACGAACUAUGGCU